UUUAAUGGAGGAAUUACUUGAAAUUCCGUAAAGAAGGGGAAAGAGGCUUCCACCAAUCCACGUACAAAGUAAUUUCAAAAUUGAAAUUUACCUUCGCAAAUGAUUUUUUUAAAACCUAGUGUCGACCUCAAAAUUUCCUAAAAAUUCUUUCAUAUCCAAUGUCUGAUAGUUGAAUACUGCUGAUAAUGAUGCUACUGCUGCUUAGUUAAAUCAAACCCAUAUAAAAUUUCAUCCUCAUCAGUCAUCAAUCAGAAGCAGCACUUGUAAAAAUCAAUUCCAUGGCGUCUGAUGUAUUGGAAUUUUUGAAUAUUGCUGAUAAUGAUGCUACUGCUGCUUAGUUAAAUCAAACCCAUAUAAAAUUUCAUCCUCAUCAGUCAUCAAUCAGAAGCAGCACUUGUAAAAAUCAAUUCCAUGGCGUCUGAUGUAUUGGAAUUUUUGAAUAUUGCUGAUAAUGAUGCUACUGCUGCUUCGGUCGACGAUGAUCUUAUAGUGCUAUACUCAACACCCGCUUCAAUCAAAAAGGGUACCAGCAAAAUGAACCCUAUUUCAGUUGAAGAUUACCCUCUUAGAGCAAAGAGGGUCAUUGAUCUCUCCCAAGACUUCACGUAUUAUGAUAUUGGGAGUGAUGAUGAUGAAGUGAAAGUUCUCGAUUCAUUCUCGAAAAUCCGGAGAAAGAUUUACAAGGGUGAAUCGUCCAAUCAAAAAUCUGCAAAGGAUGUAGAAUCUGGGCUUCCUAUGACGUUCGUGUGUGAAAUCUGCGUGGAUGAGAAGCCGACGAAUGAGCUGUUUCGCGUUUUGGGGUGCACUCACUCUUACUGUUCAGAAUGCAUAGCGAAAUAUGUGGCAUCCAAGUUGCAACAGAAUACUACUAUUAUUACUUGCCCGGUUUUGGGCUGCAAGGGGGUCUUAGAGCCUCAUCAUUGUCGUUCAGUCUUGCCUAAGCAAGUGUUCGAUAUGUGGGGUGAUGCGCUAUGUGAGGCAGUGGUUUUGGCCUCUGAAAAGUUCUAUUGCCCAUUCAAAGAUUGCUCGGCAAUGCUGAUUGAUGACAUGAGGGGACGGAAUGAGGUUAUUACGCAGUCGGAAUGCCCAAAUUGUAACAGGCUGUUUUGUGCGCAGUGUAAGGUUCCAUGGCAUUUGGGGAUACAGUGUGCAGAAUUUCAGAAGUUAAAGAAGGAUGAGAGGAACAAUGAGGAUAUAAUGCUGAUGAAUCUUGCCAAGAGUAAGAAGUGGAUGAGGUGUCCCAAAUGCAGCUUCUAUGUUGAGAAGUCUGAAGGCUGCUUGUUCAUAACAUGCAGCUUUCCAUCUUUAAUCUCUACUGCAGUCUAUGUUAUUGACUCUUAUGGCAUAUGUGGACUGGUGAACACUAAGGAACAAGAAGUUAAAAUCUUGUCCUGUGCACUGUAUGAUGUUCCGAUUAUUGUGUUCCAAACACUCCUAUAGUAUUUUUACUAUCUUUUCAAAUUUUAAUUACCUUGUAUGCAUGAACACAGUGGGUAUGGACUACUUAUUAUGUUCCAAAACUUUCAGCCUUCUGAAUCAAAGCCAAUUUUUCACUUUUUUCUGAUGAUAUAGGUAGAUGUACUUUUGUUUCAGUUGUUUUUUUAUGAGUUCUCCAUCUUUAAUCCGAACUUUAAUCAGAACAUAUGACUCUCAGUACUACUAUUAUAGUUGCCUUUUAUUCAAGAAAUGGAGUGGUCUAUUAUCUGCUUAUUUGAUCCGAAAACAUUCCUUCCGAAUUAAAAGUUAAUUUUUUUACUAUCUUCCUGUUGA